AUGGCCGCCCCCACGGGCCGCCUCUGGACGCGGCUCCCCUCAGCCGCCCAUGGUCGGCCGCCCCACAAGCUCGGGGUCCGCUCGGCUCCGCCCUCCCAGCUGCGCAGAGCCCCCUCCCCCUUGCCUGGCCGCCUCCCACCCUGCGACUGGCCAAAGCCCACCUCCGGGCAGGGCUUCACUCAGCCCUCCCCCUCGGGGCGUACCAUUCCCCGCACGGCACGGGGGGGGGUGCCCGGCUCCGAAGGCCCCUGCAAUGCCAUCGGGAAGAGUAGCAACCUGGCGCCUGCAGCCGUGCUCCUCUCCUGGGCCCCGGCGACCUUUGCAAAAUUGUUCCUUGCUGGCCUUCUGGCCCCCGGCGGCUUGCUUCAGUUGGCUCCGGCUACAGAUCGUGUUGCUGUGGAGUGCCUGGGGAGCCUUGCCCGGCUCAAACUGAAUCCGCGCUAUUUCCAGAACAAAUAUGUCACUUUUGCUGCUGUUGACAAGUUUGGUAGGUCUUGGCCAAUAAACCAGACCCUGGCUGCACAAUGUGGAUACACCAUCCUCCAGGACGUCUGGGGAAACCUCGAAUUCCAUGCCUCCUUGGUCAGCUGCUAUGCUCAGAUGGUGGGUGAUGAGCAGUUCAGUCUGACGUUCCAAAUCCUGGCAGCUGCAGGCCCAGAGAUGCGUGAUGCCGCUGCGCUGGUGGUCCCCGUGACGUGUUCCUAUGGCCCAUGGCAGCCGCGGGAAAUAGUCUGUGAGGCAAACUACAUGGAAGUUUCUGUAAGAAGGAACGUACCACCCAUCCCUGAUGGCUAUCUUCAAGAUCAGCCGGAAGACUGGGCAGCUGCCUUCCCAGAGGCCAAAGCAGGACCACCAUCUCUCUGGCAAAUCGUCUUCCACACGGACACCCAGAGGAAGGCAAUGAUGGUUGAGCGAGCUCAUGCUGUUGGCUAUGGAGUCAACACCACAGACUCGAGGAUCGUGUUAAGGGCUCCCUACAAUGCAACAGAAGCUCAGGAGAUGGAGGUCCAUGGUGUCCCCUUCUCUGCAGUGAGGUCCAGUACUUUUUACAAGCAGCGCUGGAUGCUCCUGAUGGUGGAUACCGCUGUGGCCUGUCCCAUAGAUGGAGUGAAGUACACAAAAGAGACCAUCGUCUGGACUAUCCCAAAAAGCAUGUCUCCUCUCAUGGUGGGAGUGAGCAAUGUCAAAGAGCUACAGGUGGAGAUGGGUAUCAACCUGUCCAAGCUGCCCGCUCAAGACAUCGCCAGUCGAGGAUACCUGCUGGCCAGUGAUAAGGAUGUUAUCACAGUGCAGAUACCCAUUGGUGCCCCGGACGGUACUUACAAGAGCUACGUAGCUGCUGGGCAACUGGUAACCUCCUACAAAAUCAACCCCUUUGUAGAGCAUCUGUGGGAAGACGACCGGAGGGGCAUUACGAAGCAUACCAUCCUGAAAGAGAUCAGCACCCCUCUGCAGCCUUCCCCAAUCACAGUUACAGAAGGCACCAACAUCCCCCUCCAGCUGUUCAACGUGUCUGUUGGGACCUUCCUGCCAGAUGUGGAGUUGGUCAAUGUGGAAGUGGACGGUUUGGGACCCUGGUCCCUACCGGAAGCUGAGAAGCAGGGCUGUAAGGUCGUUGGAAACAAGCAUCCCAAUAGCAGCCGGGACUUCUUGCUGCAGAUCCCUUUUGACACACCUGGAGUCAAGAAGCAGUAUGUGUCGGGAGCUAUCAGAAACUACACCUUAAAUGUCACGUUUGGAUUCAGCGUGAGCCCCCACGCAGACCCCUUUGACGUCCCAGUCACGCUUGUGGUCCUAGUUGAGGAUGCAGUGUUACCUCAGGCUACCGGCUCCUGUGACGAUGAAGCCCUCUACUUGGCGAUAAGACGGGGCAACAUGGACGAGGGCUGGCUGCCCUUCGUGGGGGACGCGUUCUUGACGCAGGAGACAGCUCAACAGCUUGGGUACAGCUUCCGUGACAAUGGGACCCACCUAGCCCUGAGGGUGCCCCAUCAUGCUGCCCAUGUGGCUUAUGAGGAAGUCCACUCUUAUGGGAUUGUGGUGAGCUUCCAGCUGCUGCUGAAGGACCCUGUCACUCAAGCAGAGAUGAUGGACUUCUCCCUUGCCUGCAGCUUCUCUCCUAAACAUCUCAUUGACUGCUUCCCCAAUGGCACAAUGGUGGUCUCUGCCUUGAAGCUAGUCGGUAUCCCGGACAUGAAGCCCGCCAAUCUUGUGCUGAGGGACAGACUCUGCAGGCCGGCUUUGGUGACAGAGGAAGGAGCAACAUUCAUCUUUAAUGUGAACGCAUGUGGGACUACCCGUAAGUUCGAGAAUGCCACCAUGACAUAUGAGAAUGAAGUCCUGUAUGUCCCCCCAGGUCAAGCGGCACCAGUCUAUCAGUUGAAAUGUGCUUGCCAGUACAUGAUCGGCGAUGCCCUGUUGCUUCGGUACAGCCCCGCUGAAGCUCCGUCGCCGAGCAUCCUGCCAGGAGUCGGUCCGCUGUCUCUUGCCCUGAAGCUAGCCAGAGACCAGUCCUAUCGGGACUUCUACCAGGAUGCGGAGUACCCAGUGACUCGGUACCUCAGGGAGCCCCUCCACUUCCAGGUGGAGCUGCUGCAGAGUCAGGACCCCCAGCUGGAACUGUUUCUGGAAGACUGCUGGGCCACGGCCUCAUCGGACAGGACGAGUUCUCCACAGUGGAACAUUGUGACAGACAGUUGUGAGAAUACAGAGGACUCCCAUCAGACCAUCUUCCACAGAGUCCCCCAUGGUUCCGUCCCCCUCCCUACACACAUGAAGCGAUUUGAAGUUAAAAUGUUCACGUUCAUGGCGGAUGACCAAGCUCUACAGGGACAGGUCUAUUUCCACUGCAGCGCAGUUAUCUGCGACUCCACCUGGCCCUCAUCGGAUGCCCUGUGUGCUAGGCGCUGCAUUCCCAGAAGGCAGAGAGUAGGCCGUAGUGUUGAUUCCCCCAGUGAUCUACAUGGGUAUGUCUCAUCUGGAGCAAUUGUCCUUGGAAGGAGAAACCAUGCUUAAG